GGGGGAAUUGCCUGGGCCUGAGGGAAGCGGCGGGCGGGAGCAGAGAGCUUGGAGCGCAGCGGGGCCCGGUUCUGAAGGUCGGGGCGGGGCAGCGGGAGCCUUGGAGCAAAGCUUGGCGGCGGGGCUUUCCUCGAGGGGAGCCUUUUCGGGUUUCGGGUCGAGGUUCCUGGCAGCCUUUUUUUCGGGGGGAGCCGGAGGUAGGGCUCGCUCGCUCUCCCUCUCCUUCUUCUCCUUCUUCUCCUUCUUCUUUUUUCUUUUCUUUCUUUUGGACGGGGAGUUUAGCUGGGCCUCCCGCGGACGAAUUGGAGCGGGCGGACCGUAACGGAAAUCCGCCAGCCCUCCGAAAAAGCGGGGAGGCGGCUUGGAUCGGGCUUUUGGGAGCCGCUCUAGAGGGCAGCAGAGCUCCGGGCAAAGGAAGGGUGGAAGUCGCAUUGGGUGUGGGGCUCGCGAGGAAAAUCCUCGGAGAGGGAAGAGGCGUUUUUCAGGCGGCCCGCCGGUGCAGCCGCUGCUUUUGUUACGGUUGCGGAGAGGUGGAUUCCGGGAAGGGGGAUCGCGGCCUUGGUGCGGAGUAAACGCAGGGAGGGGAGAAAUUGAGGGUUUUUUGUUUGCUUGCUUGUUCGUUUUUUUGAGGCCGCUGAGCCCGAGACUAGGGAAUCUGCUGCGCAUGUGUGUUUUGUAAGCUUUGCACAAGAGUUUGUAGGAGGUCGUUUACUGGAGGGGAAGCGGGGGGGUGGGGGUGGUGGAGAGAAAGUUUAGGGUGUUGAAGCAAAAGGCACGGUGAAGAAUAACGAGCGUGGGUACCGGUACUAGAUAACCCAUUUCACUCUCUCCGGAAGCACCGCAAAUUUGGAGGAGCAGGGCAGGAAAUCUGGGGAUUUCACUGGAGAAGCUUCUACAGUUUGAGUGGCUUUCUGUAGUUCCCAACAAGUGGCGCAGUUCCCAAUCUUGUUAGUUUUGAGAACGUUUUAAUAGUGUAGAAAAGGAGUCAUCACCAGGAAGCUUAUAUUUUCUUUAAAAAGCGAAGAGUUGGAGCUGGACUUCAGUCAGGCCCCUGGGUGGUCAAUAUCUUUCACCUCCUUGACCUACAUUCAAGCCCAGGUAGAGGCCAUGCAGAAAGAAGAACUGGGCAUGGAUGAGAAUCGCAACCCGGAGGAAGAAUUGCGUCUCCUGGGGGGAAAGAAGGAGAAAUGCCAUAAUCUCAACAACCGUAUCCGAACAGGAUCAUGGGAGUCAAAUGGAUAUACUGCAAGUUCUGAGAUAGUUGAUGAGCCCAGUGUUCCCCUGAGUCCUUCCAACAGCCUUAACAUCCGCAAUCUCCAGCUGUCUGAGCGAGACCCUCCCCAGCAUACCCGCCGUUAUCCUCCUAAUUUCCAUCAUGGCCGGCCCUUCCGUCCUGCCUACCGCAAAACUUAUCGAGGCAAUCCCUCAGACCGCAAGGAAUGGGGACCUAGCACUAAUGGCCACCACUGUGCUCCAGAGGGUCUUUCCAAUGGGAGAUGGCAGCAUCGACGCCGUGGCUAUUCUGACUCACCCUCCCCAUUGUCUUCCCCUGAAUUGGAACGAGUCAGUACUAUCAAAGCCAGUGAGAAGCCUGCUGUUACAUUUAAUGCCUCCAGUGUAACCACUGAGGAAUCCGAAAAGGAAACAUGGUCACUCUUUCGGCCCCUUCCUGCUUUCCCAGUUGAUAGCAGCAGUGCCAGGAUCAUUCCCAAGAUCUCUUAUGCCAGCAAGCUGAAAGAGAACUUGGAUCAACCAGGCAAAGCCUGCCAUGUUCCAGCCUCGGCUGUCCGCACCACUAAUAGCCUCCCCAACUGUGUCUUGGCGCCACCCCCCUGCAGUCCCCCACCAACCGAUAGCAGUCGGCGGCAGCACCUCGGAGCCAUCUUCCAAAAUGAGUGGGGCCUCUCCUUUAUCAAUGAGCCAGGAGCCGGGCAUGGAGGGGGUGGUGGAACGGCACCAGUCAAGGAGACAGAAAAUGCAGAUGCUGAAGCUUGUUGGGAAAACAUGGAAGCCAAUGACUGGCAGGCUGCAAGAAAUUAUCACUUUGAAGAGUGGAGCCAUAUAUGGGAGCUACAUAGUCAAGCUCCUAGCAGAGUGAUGGUCUACUCGGAAACCUUGGAUGGAAAGGGUUAAUUCCAUGAAUAUCCAGGGGAAGCACCGCUAAGAUAUGGGGGGUGUAUGGGGAGAGGCAAGGCAACCCACCCAACCCUCUUGAAGAUUGGAGAGUCCAGGCAUCUUGAAAGGGGAAGCAAUGCCACCUGCCUACCUCCCUUCCCUUGCUGUAUUAGCCUAAAUUGUCUUGGGUGAGGCUCAUGCCUCACCCAUUCCCCACCAUCUCUCUCUAUCUCUGAUUCAACGCUCUGGUUUUUAAUUUCUUCACAUGGAAUUUAAUUUCUCUGGAUUCCCCUGAAAAUAAAGGCAAAAAAAAAAAAAGAAUUUAUUUAAAUUCA